AUGGCGCCGGCAAAGAGCAAGAAGUCGAAGAAGUCUGCUGCUGUUCCUCCUCCUCCUCCUCCGCCGCCGCCGCCGGCCAACUUGAUGAACCCCAUGACGGCUUCGUCGCUUGACUAUGCGCUGCCGCUGGAUGUGCCUUACUCCAUCCCCGAAGCUGAGCUGCCUCCAGACCACGGAUACAGCAUCGUCCAUGACCCGGUAGACUUGCCCUUCGAGGAGGAGAAAGAGACCUCUCGACGCAGAGCGGCCAGCAGAGCAAGCGAGCCGCCUGUCACCGUCAACACUUCUGCUGCUGCUGCUGCUGCUACGACUGCUGCCCCCAUCGCUAUUGACCCCCAUGCUGCCGUCUUCUCCUAUCUAGACCAGCAUGAAGAGCAGAUGAGGCCGUCACACUCCAGAAAGGCCUCAGAACCGGUCAUCUCAAAGGCACAUAGACCCAAAGACCAUACCCGGAAGGCGAGCUUGUCCCAGCUGCUCAGGACAGUGUCCGGGGGCAAUUCGUCUUCCACUCGAGAUCUCAGUCCGAGUCGUUCGUCUUCCGUGUCAAAGGAGUCCGAAUACCAGCCUGCAACUCCGCCAGAUAUGCUCUUCGAUCCCAUCAACAUGCACCUCGGAAGCAGCAAGGGGCUCUCCAAGUCGCAGAUGGCCGGCUCAUACAUGACAGACUCAGAAAGCAUACUGGAGGGUCCUACUGCUGCUGCUCCCGCGUUCAUGAACUUCUCCCACCCAGAGGCCUUUUAUAUGCCCAAGAACAUGCUCUCCUAUACCAUGGGACCGCCGCCUGUCUCGUCCAAGCAGGCAGACCGAGUACGGCACGACGCCCAAGCUGGUCCCCUCGAAGGCUCACGGCGUCGUUCGCAGACGUCGGAGCCGUUCGAGUGGACGGCACCCGCUGAGACGCCGCAGCAUGUAUAUCGGAAGUUUGAAAAGCUGAACCAUCGUGUUCUACGCCAUCUUCAGGAAGAGAUAGCGCAGCUGGAAGACGAUCUUCUCACGCUUGAUGACAUUGAUGCCGCUCGCGCUGGGUCAUCGACCACCCGUACAUCCCCAAGGCAGAAACAGCUAGCUGCAAAAUACCGAGACCAGAUACAGGACUAUUCUGUACUUCAGAACAAACGGAGCGACCUACUGGAUAAAGUAAUACUAAAGACGGACCAGUACAAUCGAGCAUUAAGCUCUUUUUCGAAAGUCGUAAAGAACCUACCUGCCGCGUCUGAAGAUGACGUCGACGCAUACCGUGCCUUUCUAAGGACUCCUGCCGGCGCCUCCUCGAAGAGCGAGCGAAGGCUACUAGAUAACAGAACCGAUCUAGUCACCAUGUCCCCCCGUCCCGCAAGCGCACUACACUCUAACCCCCUCUACUCCACCAUGGCAGCGAUAUUUGCCGCUAUCCUCUUUCCCUUACUGGCAUUUGGAGCUAUCUCUGAAUUCUUCGGACGCAUCGUCGUCGUCUCCUUUGUUGCGGGUACUUUUGCCUGGUGGGCGUCCAACGGACCCCCUGGACACGACUACCUGGUCGAGCCACAGGAUGGCUGGAAAUGUGCCGUCAUUUACUUUGGUUUCAUGACUGUCGCGGCACUCUUGCUCUGA